AUGGCAGUGACAGUGGCGAGUCAGAGGUGGGGGGAAACAUUCUGUAUGUGCCCAGACACAGCAUUCCCCAGGUUCCAGGAUUGAAUAUUUUUGAGUCAUAGCUAAAUUGAGACCUAAAUCAUACUCAUUUUUCCUGUGAUCCUCAGAGCUCCUUUUGUUUCGAUUUUGUAGGUUUUUCAAAUCCAGCCCAGUGAAUACUUCUAGUUCCUCAACUUUGGUUGCAGAUCCUUUCCUAAAUUCUGGAGGACUUGGAACCUGUUCCAAUGGAAAGGGGGUGAAUGUGUUUGCCACCCUGAGGUAAAACAACUUCCAGAUAGCCUCUUGCAGCAAAAAAAUACAAAUGAGUUUCCUAGUAUGUACUUUAAAGACUUCAAACAUUCAGUAUACUUGACAUUCAUGUCCAUCACAAUAUCCCUCCUAAUGGCAUUUUUAAGAGCAGAUUGGGGAAUCUUUGGAGAUGGAAAUGGAAUCAGUCCUGUCCAACUUGACAAGGCUGUUUUGAGAAUCAGAUAAGGGUUGUAGAGUGUUUUGCAAGUCAAUGAAAGUGCUACAGAAACCAUAGCAAGCCAGAUUAGCCUAACUGAUACUGGUGGUUUGCUUAAAUUACCCACUCUUGCCCAAUAGAAAGGGAGAAUAAUGAUUCCCUUUUAGCAAGUCUUUCCAGCUCCCCAUCCUAUAUGUAAAUAUAAUGCAGUAUUCCCCCUCUCCUUUGCCAAAGUCCUGCAUUACUUUGGUUAUUGAAAAUUGUGUCUGUGUAGGGCCAGUAUUUAAGGUUGAUAAUUUCAGGCAUGUGCUGAGAUCCAUGCCUCAACCAAGGGUCACUACCAACCCCUUUGCUAUCUUGGCCUUUUCACUGUAAGCAACUGAGCUGCAAAAGGAGUAGCAGCACUAGCCUCCUCUGCUCCUCUUGCCAUCUCCUUCUGGGAAGCUGUAUGGAUUGGGUCCAGAGGGAGAGAGCUAGCAAAUGGGCAGUGGUCACAGCAAUGAGGAGGAAGGGGGUUUGCUAAGGGCAUCUUGCCCGCCAUUUCCCAAGACAGUACCUCCACAAAGUCUAAUAGAGUUGGCAUUUAUCAUGUUAUCUUCCCACAAGGAAGGUGAUUCCAGGUGAUGCCACUGCUGUGUGAAAAACUAGCCAUGGUUUUACCAGCAAUGGAAUGCUGAAUACGGUUGUGCUUUGGAGUAGUAAAGUGUUUCCAAUACUUUGAUUGUUACUCUCUCAAAAACCCUGUAAAAUACGUCACUGGGCAGAACUGAGGGCAGGGGUAACCUCCUGUGUGUGCUUAAUGGAUUUAGGAAUGAGGUACUUAAAAACAGUAUUUUGACAUACAAUAACCUGGCUAGGGGACAACACUGAGAUAGUGACUUAUUUAAGGGCACCCAGUGAGUCAGUGAUUCAAGUGGGACUUGAUCCUCAGAAUCCCAGGACAACCUUCCCAUUGCGCUUGGAUAAUAUCUGCUGGCUCUUAGUUCUCUGGCUUGUGGCAGAGGUCAGAAUGUAUUUCCUCUUCUGUAUUUCUGGAGUAUAGCAAAAAGGACCAGAAGCAUUAUUCUAUUUUUUUAAAAAUAUGAAAUGUCCAGGAAGCUGACUUCUGCACCAAAUACUCCAUUUCCUUCCUAGUGAGUGUUAUAGCAGGCUCUGAUAUUUAUUUAAUAAUUUGGUUGAUGGAGUGCAAAUACUAUAGCAGUUAAGGAACAACCUGGGGUGAGGUUUAAAGUGCUGACUUGCACUCAGUGUUGAUUGGAUAUCCUUUUCUCUCCCUGCACAGAUGCGUCCCUCUGGGAUGUGGAUGUAGGAUGUUAGAACAUCAAGUAGAAGAGGUAAGACUUUGGUCAUUAACACACGUGAUUACGUGACACAUCUCUUGUAUGCAUGUUAAACAAAACAAAAAACAAAAACUUGUCAUUAUCCAGGAAGGAGAAAUUCUGGGAAGCCUUGAGUUUGACCUGGCCAUGUCCUAAAUGAGGGAGAGAGAUACACACGUACCAAUGUCUAUGCCAGUCCUUUUGCCACCUUCCUGGAAGAUAGAGACCAAAGCAGCAUUGGUAUAGGUGGUUUUGUUCCCAAUGUAACAUUUUUGGACACCAUAAUUUCCUGGUUACAUGUUAAAUGCAACAGACUUGGGAAUGGAAGAACCGUCUCAUAACCAAAAGCUUGUUUGGUUCAGAACCACAAAAGAUUCACGCCCCUCUGUUUGCUGUGUCGUCGUCGUCCCCAACUCCCACAUGCUCUAAUCUAAAGAAUCACUGGGGGGGGGGCGGCGGCGUGGAAGGUUCAGUGCGCAACUGCUUUGGUACACAGGACUGUACGCGGAUCCCUGUAGGGUCAGGCAUGCCAUUCAGUCUGUGUUCCAUCCCACCUCCCACUUACUCAGCUUGCUUGUGUGAAUCAGGUUCAACAGGCUCAAGCACAAAAGCUGCUAGUAUGGUACACAGUUGCUUAGUCACUGUGAUUUCCCUCUGAUUACCCCAAGGAUUCAACUCAUGCCCCCAUAUGCCAGCAAUGGAGGGGGCUGUGCCUUUCAUUAUUUGCUCAGGCUGUGUGGUUUGGUGAGCUAGAGGACCUUUCUUUAUUUCUUUCCGAGAGCCAGCAUGGUGUAGUGGUUAAGAGCAGUGGACUUGUAAUCUGGUGAAUCGGGUUCGCUUCCCCACUCCUCCACAUGCAGCUGCUGGGUGACCUUGGGAUAGUCACACUUCUCUGAAGUCUCUCAGCCCCACUCACCUCACAGAGUGUUUGUUGUGGGGGAGGAAGGGAAAGGAGAAUGCUAGCCGCUUUGAGACUCCUUAAGGGGAGUGAAAGGCGGGAUAUCAAGUCCAAACUCUUCUUCUUCUUCAUCUUUCUUUCUUUCUCAGUAAGGUUGUGGAUUCAAAUUCAACCAGCCCCUCCACUCCUUUCAGAAGAAGUGGGACAGAAGCGUAUAUACCAUAGAAUCUACCUACUGGAAAAUGAAGGGAGAACAUAAUAGAGUUCUGUACAUCCAAAAACCAUUGUUGUUUGGAGGGGCAGUUGUUAGCAGGCAGCUUAAUAAUGGAUACAAAGAAAUCUCUUCCUAUAAAGAGUACUCAUUUACAGGGCUUAAAAAGAGGGCUGGACAGAGUUGGGAGGACUAGUCUUUUAACAGCUAUUAGCCUUCAUCCUCAGCACCUGGUACUUGAAGGCAUCCAUACCUCCAUCUUCCAAGACAAUACCAGUUGCUGGCAACAAAGAAAGGAAUGUGGUUGCUUUCAUCCCGUGCUUUUCAACUUCCUGGGUGCCUCUAGUUGGCCAUCACUGAAAAAAGGUGCUGAAGUAGAUGUACUUUUGGUGUGAUCUAGCAAGGCUUUUUUUCUAUCUGCUUAAAGAGUUUGUUUGUGGAUGAUGUUCUCCAGGCUAGGAGCCAUUAUUCCUCUUAAGGUAUGGGAUGGGAGGCCGUGGGGAGGAGUAUUGGGAUUGGAGACUUUUGACUGUGUUUCGCCUCCCCCCUAUCCUCGUGCCCAGGAGCUGACCACUGUGCGUGUCCAAGAUCCUCGUGUCCAGAACGAGGGCUCCUGGAACUCUUAUGUGGACUACAAAAUAUUCCUCCAUGUAAGUAUGGCAAAGGGGUCCAAAGAGCAGCAGCUAAAGUGACUGGAAAUAUGGCUUGUCAUCUCAUGUAGAAAACAUUUGUAGAACAAAUUCUUCUAACAAAGCCAUCUUCACCUGGUGCUGAAAUGGCCACCUCUGCUACUUCUUCAAACUGCUGCAUAAGUGAGAGUAAACUGCCUGUAUUCCAGUCCCUCUGGCAACUGCACAGAAUUUGGAAAAGAAGUCAACUUUGCAUUGCGGGCAGGCAGAAGGCAAGAGAUACCAGGAAUUCUGCUAUUUGUUUCUUACCUUUUCCAAAGCUCUGCACAAGUGAGACAAGACUCCAAGAGAGCUCAUUAGCAGGCACAGAGGGAAGAAAGAUGCAUUUUCUCUUGCUUGUGAUGGAGUUCAGAGAAUGAAAGAAACAGCAGGAGAAAAUCUUGCUGCUUCUUCCCUUCUCCAGGCUGCAGUGCAAAGAAGUUUGAAAGAGACUUCUAGGAGUCAUGGGUACUCUCCAUUGGCACCUUAUAUUGGUCCACACAGCUCACUAUUGUCUCCAUUGGCAUGCAGCAGCAGCCUUCCAAGGUUUCAGACAGGGUUCUCCCUGCCUCUGCUUGGAUUGAAUCUCAAACCUUCUAUGUAGAAAGCAGAUGUUCUGCCACUAAGCUACAACCCUAAUCCAGGGAUUGUGCUGGUCCUUAUGCUAUAACAGAGUGACCUCUGAGAAAACAGAAGCUAGCCAUCUCUGGAUUAGAGGAUUAUGUGGAGGAUGGCUGGGAGUCAGACUAUCUUGGGGACCUUACCUGCUGGUUUAGAGGCUGGACCACCAGAUCAUGCAGAUAAAUAUGGGAUGGCUAGCACAACAGACCCUUCAUGUUACCUUUUCCUGCAGCAUCUGACUGACAACUGCUAGGCUAGAUGAAUCUUUGGUCUGAUUUCCCCUAAGACAAUUUUUCUUUGGGCUCUCAUCCCACUGCCUGCCUUGGUUGAUCAAGUAAUAAUAAUAAUGAUAAUAAUAAUAGUCACAUUUCCGAGGCCUCAAUUGUAGAUACCUCUCUGAGAGGCAGAAGGAAAUGUAAGACAAACAAAUCUGUUGCUAAUAGUUAAAGGGCACUAAAGAGAAAAGGGCCAUUCUUUUAAUACCAAAAAAAUCAAAUGGCAAGCAUGCUCUUUGCUGACACAGCCUCACCUGUUGGUCAAUGAAAGCUUUAGUUUAGUCAUCGUAAUGAUUACAAGUUUGCAUCUCCAGUUCUCAUGGCACAAAGUGUCUAUAAUGCUAGUGCUGCUUUAACAAAAUGGCCAGCAGAGGGAGACAGCUUGGAAAAAGAGUCUGAGAUAAGAAAAUGAAAGUGUGUGUGUGUGUGGUGGUGGGGAAAUCUCAGAGCAACACUCUCUCUUCUCAUUAUGCAGACCAACAGCAAAGCCUUUACAGCCAAGACAUCCUGUGUACGCAGACGGUACCGUGAGUUCGUGUGGCUGAGGAAACGGCUGCAGAAAAAUGCCGGCUUGGUGUAAGUGUGAAAUGGCAAUCUUUUCAGAGCCCGCUGUACCCACAAAGGCCCUGUCUGCUAACCCUAUGAAAAACGUCACCAGGAUAGGCAGGGCCUAUGCCCCAAUAUAGCUCUGUUGAAAAUAAAACUAGUUGAGGUUUCUAAAUGCAUUUGUUUGAAUGGAAGCCUUUAAAAUUUGCCUAAUGAAGAGCGGCUCAUUGGGAGAGCACAUGCUUUGCAUGCAGAGGAUCCCAUGUUCAUUCCCUGAUGUCUUAAGUUAAAAGUGAUCUGGAGUAACAGUGCUGGGGAAAGGAUCCCCUGCCUGACACCUUUGGAGAGCUGCUGCCAAUCAGAGAUGUUACUGGCAAGAAGGAGCAAUAGCUAACCUCUGAAUAAGGCUGCUUUAUAUGUUGAUUUCUUUUGUUAGAACUUAGAAGAGGCUUGCAAUUUACCUUUUGCAAAGUUCAUGUUACAUCUAUUAACUUGCAAGUUAGCCCAGCUCUGAUACUGAUCUAGCAUCCUGGAACCUACAUAAAUUUUCUGUAAAUCCAGCCUGAUAAUUUAGUGCUGAGGACCAUUCAAAGACAUCAGCUUCACCUUGCAGAAAUGCUGAGUUUUUUGUAAGGGGACCCGUCAUGCGAUAACAGCUCCUGUCAAGCUUGUGGAAGAUGUGCAUCUCACUAUGUGCUUUUGCCAGUUUCAUUGCCAAAAUCAAAGGAGUCAUGUGAGAGUUUGCUGGAAGUCAUUUUCAUUUCUGACAAGAGCAAAAUGCAGGAGGUAGCUGAUAGAACUAGUAGUUUCCAGAGGGAUCCCUUUUCAAUAGUGCACAACAAGCUCUUGGAGACUGGAAGCAUCUCUUUUCCUGUUAAUGUGCAAGCAACUUGACAGGAGUGUUUUCAUUCUUACACCCGCUCUCCAAUCUUUCAGGCCUGUCCCAGAACUUCCAGGGAAGUCCACCUUCUUUGCAGGCAGCACUGAUGAAUUCAUUGAGAAGCGGAGGCAAGGGCUUCAGCAGUUCCUGGAGAAGUGAGUAGAAAGUAGGAACGAAGGUGGGGGAGGGCAGAGUUAUGUGCUUGGAUGCUGUCAUACAUUUGGCAGAAAUGUGGGUAUAUGUUGGGCUUCUCCAUAAGAAAGAACGUUCCCAUGAACAGUUACAUUCCCCAUAAUCUGCCCCUUUCUUUUCUCCUUCUGGCCUGGGAUAAGUGCGUUUAGCUUCAGUUGCACUUCUUUCUUAAUUCUUACGCUGUCCUCCUGUUAAGAAGCUUUGGGUGUAAGGUGGGGUCACCCUGCUUUAUCUUUGAAAGUUUCCUGUAAGGUAGCCUAGGCCAGAGAAAGAUGAGUGCCUUGGCCUAGGGUUACCCAGAGGACUUUAUGGUGGAAGGUCUUCUCCUAGUCCAAUACAUUCACUUUGCUAUCCCGGCUCUUACUUGUGGAGACUGACUUAGAAAUGUAGUUGGAGUGAGCAGCAGUUAGCCCAGAGUGAGCAGAGGGAGGGCAACACCUCCCUUCCUCCACUUGGCUGAUCCCCACUGCAAGGAAGGUGCUCUAUUUUGCUGUUAGGGGAAGCGCAAUAGCUCAGUGGUUGAGUACAUGCUUCACACGCAUCAGGUCUUGGAUUCAGAUCCUGUUAUUUCCAGGUCAGCCUGGGAAAGACUCCUACCUGAAUGCAGGAGAGCCAUUGUCAGUGGACAGUACUGAACCAUUGGUCGGACUUAGUAUAAGGCAAUUUCCUGUAUAUCUCAUGGCCCUUUAAAACUUGGAGAGUUAGACAUGCCAGCUCUGUGGUGCCGUCUUUCAGUAUGUGGAAAAUACAACAUAGCAGUUAUGUGUUGUGUUUCUCCUGGCCUCUACAAAGAUGGUGUGCAGAUGUAAUCAUUCAACCUGAGUAUUCUCCAGCUGUCUCAAGCAAUUUGUUGGAAAUAACAGUUUGAGAAACAUUAUACUAUUUAUUUUUUUAAAAUAGCUAUACCUUACUUAAAUCGCUAUACCUCCACUUAAAAAAACACCUGACACAAUACCCAAAGUGACUUCCAACAUGUUUUAAAGUAGUAGUGGGUUAAAUCUGGUUGGGGAACCUAUAGCCCUACUGUACUGUACUGUACUGUACUGUACUGUACUGUGGGAUCACUCACAGCCAAGUAAGAUUGUCUUCCAUGCAGUGGCAUAGCGUGGAGAGUGCUGUGGGUGCCGUGGCCCUGGGUGCAGUUUUGAGAGGGGGCACAAACGGGCACCCCCACAGCAGGCUCCUUCAUUGGAGCCUGGCUCUGCUCCAGGAGCUGCGCUCUGGCACAGCUCCGCCCACAAGUCAGGCCUGACCUGGGAAGAAGAGCAGGCAAGUGGGUGGCAGUGCUGUCACCUACCCUCCUCAGCUGCGGCACACCUCAUGCCCAGCGGCAGCAGUUCUCCCACUGGGUCACAUCUGACCCAGGCCUGACCCGGCAGCAAAGAGCAGAAAGAGAGUGGGUAGCAGCUUCCCUGCCCCUCUCCUACCUUGAACUGUGGUGCAUGGGAGGGUGCCCUCCACACCCCACGCGCCUGCCCUGGGCAGCGUGGGCACACGCUUUGCCACUGCUUCCAUGAAUAUGGUCUUAACAGUGUGUCUGUGGGGGCCAAUUCUGGAUCCGCACAUCCUUCCACAGCAGGGACAUAGGUUUCCGGGCGGGAGCAGAUCACGGUGAGGAUUUGCCAAAUGUGCCUUCCUCUUAGCUCAUUUCUCCCUUUCAUCCUGAGUUUGUGCCUCUUCAAAGUCCAUGACGCCUUUGGGUAGAGGCUAUUUUCCAAUUGGAACACUCACAGGUCAGUGUUUCCCAGUUGUCAGUGUUUAUACUGCAUUUUUUGAGAUUUGCCUUGAGAGAGUCUUUAAACCUCUUUUGUUGUCCACCGGCAUUACGCUUUCCAUUCUUAAGUUGGGAAUAGAGUACAGUCAUACCUCGGGUUAAAUACGCUUCGAGUUGAGCGCAUUCGAGUUGCGCUCCGCGGCAACCCGGAAGUAAUGGAGCGAGUUACUUCCAGGUUUCGCCGCUUGUGCAUGUGCAGACGCUCAAAAUGACGUCACACGCAUGCGCAGAAGCGGCGAAAAGCAAUGCAUGCAUGCGCAGACGUGCCGUUGCUAGAUACGUUUACCUCUAGAUGCGAACGGGGCUCCGGAACGGAUCCCGUUCGUAUCUAGAGGUACCACUGCAGUUGUUUUGGAAGACGAUAAUCAGGCAUCCGAACAACAUGACCAGGCUGCUGGAAUACAACUCCCAUGAAGUCUUAACUUGAUGGCGGAACAGGACUGUCCCUACCAUUAGGCUGAGAGGUUGUCACUUUGAGCAGCAGAUGCUUGGAGGUAGACAGCCUUCACUGAACCCUAUGAUUGUUCUCUUUUGUAGGGCAGAGGUUUGUGUGCAUUUGGCUUAUCUCUCACUCACUUAGCUAGCCUGCCAAAAGCUAAGACUUGGCUAUGUGGAAGAGAAGGGCAGGAAGGGCUGCUUGAUCUGGGAAGCAUCCUAGGGAAGGCUCUCUUGUACAGAAAGCAUGGUUUACCAGGCACUGUUUGCUGUCCCUUUAGUUUGGUACUUACCACCUUCCAUUUUCCUUUCAAGGGUGGUACAGAAUGUUGUGCUCCUUUCGGAUAGCCAGCUGCACCUCUUCCUCCAGAGCCAGCUCUCUAUACCAGAGAUUGAAGCUUGCGUCCAGGGUCGGGGCUCUCUGAGCGUCACAGAUGCCAUUCUCCAUUACGCCAUGUCGAACUGUGGUUGGGUGCAGGAGGAGGACAGCCAUUCCACUCUGCUGGCCAAAGGGGACUUCAGCAGCAGGUAAUCAGAACUGGGUGUGUUGGUGCAGUUUGUACUAGAUGCUGAAAACUCUGAAGCGAAUCCAGAAUGAAAACAGUUCCCAUCUGGGGGAAAGAGAGCUGGAUUGGAAGAGGAAGGUCAGUAUUUGAAUGGGAAACCAGAGACAGGGCAGAAAAAGUAGAGUAGUGCCAGAGUUUCCAGGAACAUCAUGCUUUCCACCUCCUCAAUCAAGUGCCAUCAGUCUCCUCUUUAAUCAAGUAAGCAAGGCUUGGACAUCACCAAGCAAUUAACCACCGCACUACAGGCUUUUUCAGUAGUUGGAUUUCAUCAUUUCCCAUAAUCUUAAAAAGCAGUUAUAGUUUUGAGACAAAGGGGGACGGGGUGAACUAAAUUCUGGUCUUGAAAACUUUUCCCCCCUUUCAGAUGUAGUUUUGUUGAAUUUGUUAUUAAUACGUGUGUGUGUGUGUGUGUGUUUAGUGAGGCUUAAGUUACUGAGUACAGUAUUUUCCUGCUCAUCUACAAUUGUGUGCUGUUCUUCCAUCUCCUGCUCUUCCUGAAUUCACAGCGGUGCUUUGGUCUUAAACUGGCUAUGGUUCUUGACCAGUGAAAACAGCUACACUAUACUUCCCAAGAGAUAAACUGCAGCAUUCUUCCAUAUCACACAGGAUUCCUGGGUGUGCCAUUUGAAAGUGUGGUGCUUUGUCUCUCUAAGCAACUGUGUGCAUGGGGGAAGGGGGAAUGGGACAAUCCUAACCAUAUUUCUCAGAGCAGGGGUGGGCAGAGGUCAUGCUUGCAGGAUCUGUUUUGGUUUUUACUAGAACCCCAAGAUCUACCAAUCAGAGUCAGAUACAAAAAACCUCCAUUGGAAUUAAAUUAAUCUGUCAUCAGAAAUUUGUUUUCAGUACCAGAACGGGAACACACACACACAAUUUCUUGUGCCCUCUUUCCAGCUUUCUUAAUAACUGGGGUGGUGGAUGGGAGUUAUUUGGUUGUUGCCAUUAUUAAACAAUUGGAAGCCAAAAACGCUUGCUGACCUACUUCAAAUCACCUAGAGCUCUCCCAGGAAAUCCUGAUGUGCCAUCUGCCCACCUCUGUCCUAAACGAUACAUUGGCAGUGUAGGUGUAAAUAUGUUUGGUCUGAUUCCAAACCAAGGAACUCUGGGAUGUAUAGUUCUGUGAAGGAACCAAAGAUUUUCAACGAAGUAUUCUCUCUCUUCCCUUCCUUCCCCUUUUUCUUGAAAACCAACCCUCCUUUUCUCUUACCUCCUUGUUUUGAAACCCAACCCUCUUUUCCAAAAGCUCUGUGGAAUCUCACCCUCAUUGGAGUGACAUCAGCAUGGAAGACAGCCAGUUGGAGAGCCCGGAUUCUGAGGAAGAGGAGCCACUGCCCGUUGACUCCGUAGCAUCAGCUGACCUUGUCAAGGAACAGUGAGAGCAAGAAGGAAAAGGGCUCUGUCCAGGAUGUGCUUGGAGCUCUGUCUCUAGCCCUUUCCUGGAAAUUGCAUUGCCUGUCAAAACUCCAGGGUCCAACUCCUAUGCUGUAACUGGUGACCUGAGUGGGCGACCAGCCUGGACCAACGCCCGAGAAGCUGAAGCUCACGCCUAGGAAUACUGCAGUAGCUGUAAAUUAUAUGAUGUAGCUCCUGUUUUUGCAGCCUGAUCCUGCCUUGCUUCCAGCAAGGGCAUGUCAGCCUAUCACUUCUUAUCCCACCUUCUGUAGAUUUUGGCAAACAAUCCUACGCAGGAAGCUGCUCGGUUUUGUUUUGGCUGCGUUCCCUUUCUCUCCCUCCUCCUCUCCAUCGCUGAUAGUGUUUCUCGCAGAGGCCCAGCUGUCUUUGGUUACCCUGUAGGCGUGUCAAAAACAGUUCGCCUGGGGUUGGACUUUCCUUUGUUACAGAGAGCCAGAGAGCCCACCUGCUGGCUGUGGAUGCCAAGCCCACAUCUGGGUUUCCCUGGCGGAGCUGCAUGCAGCUGGGAUGAGUGGCUGGGCACCCUCGCCAGCUCAUUAGCACCAGAGCUGAUUCUUCUGGUUAGAGGGUGCGAGCAUUAAGAACAUAGAGGGGGAAAUGAGGAGGUUAUUCUGUAAUGCUCUUGUGUGUUUGAUGCAUGCAACCCAUCAUGUGCUCUAGAAAUAAGAUGACCCCUCCACCACUGUGUAUCUUUCUGAGGGUAUUAGAUAAUUUCCUUCCAAUUGUCGUUGCACAGACAGCAGACCAGAGAUCUUAUAGAUAUCCUCUGACUUGCCCAUUCUCCUUUAGGUAGAAGAUAAUGCAGAGCUAAAAGAAAUGGGCUCAAAUAGGCUGGGAGGCCUGCAUGAAACAUUUCUUACUUUCUCUUUUUUGCUGUUUCUUCUCCUCUGUCUCCAUUGCCUCCCAAAGUUUGGUGUACUAUGAAAUUAGGCUUCUGGUGAUACCCAUACACUUCUCCGAAAACCCUUUUUAAUGAAAGUUAGGAAGUUUCUUGCCCUCCAACUUCAACUCUGGUGUCUGGGUGCUUUCUGCUGUAACUUGCAGAUUCAGUCUGUGGGCUUCGAGUUUUGAAAUGGCAGAGAAACUCCUCAAUUAAAGUGCUUUGACCUGUUUUUCAGACCUCUUUCGCUCUUCAAAUAUCUCAGUAAAACAAACAUGCAAGUAAAACUGCUAUUACCUGAAAAGCUCUGGUCAUACGUUGCUUUUAAUCAUUCAUUCUCCCACUCCCCAGUCUGCCACCCAGUUAUGACAUAUUUUCUUUUUAGAUGUGGAACUGAGGAGGGUGCAGAAGAGCAAAAGAAGCAAGUGUCCUCUCUUUCAAGUUCUGGUGGUGUAUAUAUAAUGGUGUGUAUAGAAAGUAAUAAUGGAAUAUCCGAUUACAUCCAUCAACAGACAGGCCAAGUUCAGAUAUACAUCCCUCCAGUUGUUGACUUUCCAGUCAUUUUGACCUUAGGAUGUAAACUGCAAGGCCCUCUUCACAAGUGGUGGUGGAAGGGCACGUCCUCUUGCAGGAUCUUAUAGCACGGAGAUCAUGGGAGCAUCCAUGUGAGGGUGGUCAGUGGCAUCUGUCUGUCCCAUUUUAUCAGAGUCCGCCCCCUUGAGUACUGAUGAAGCAGGAAGGGAUUUUGUUUCAUUCAUGCACACUCUCCAACAGCCACAGAUUGCAGCACAGAGAAGGAGAUCCCUUGCAGCAACAGGUGCACAGAGAGAACAUCCUCUAAGAUACUGUAUAUGUGAAUUUUCAGAAAUGUGUAUACUUGCAAAAAUAAAAAAGGAUAACAUUUCCAGGCGAUGUCCAUUUACAGUGCUUUGCUUUUUACCCAACCUGAGAAUGUUUGAUUUAACCUUUUCUCUUACAAGCAGUGCUUUAAUCUGA